AUGCCGCGGAAUGCGACGGGGGCCAUUGUUGAAGCGGACUGCCUGGAAUGCCCUACUCCGCGCGAAGCGCACGGCAUGCCUCGGCCUCUGCAACACGACGCGCACCUGGACACAACUCUUCCAAGCAGCGUGCAUGAGACGCGUAUUGUAGACCAGCUGCAGCUUCUACUUGACACAAGUCAGGUGAAUCUGCAGGAGUCUGUGAAAAUGGGCCGUAUUGCCGCUGGGGCUCUCUUCUUUCAUCAAGGUGCCCCUGUCGCUAUCACAUCUAUCAUGCUUCUCAUCUCGUGCGUGUUAUUCCCGUCAGUGCAGACCAUUGCGUGCACAGUGUUGUUUUUCGUCCUUUACGCAUUUUGCAUGGGCAUGCAGAUUUACUUGCUGUGGGCACGCAUUACGGAGAAGAAAAUGCGUACAGCCUGCAUUAUGCGUGAUGUGCUUGCUCGCUGGCGACAACGUAUAACGGGGAUGAUGAAAAUGCCACGCCAGAGUCCCCAAGAACGUCGGGCGGCGUUUUUGGAGUCCACCGCCAUGAUGCCAUUAAAAGCAUUUCGCAUGGUUGCUAUUGUCGACGUGGCCACUGGACGAUUGAAGCACAUCCUCAAGUGUCUUUUGAUGCGGGGCACAAGGCGUCUGGACGAGUCGAAGCUCUGCGCAUGGCCGUACACAGAGCCGGUUGGCCCAUGUAAACUCGUUGACGCCAUGGAAAUGACACUGAAAUCCGAUCCUAUAGUGCUGCGGCCGUUGCAGGACAAGGGGCCCCCACCACGGCGUUCAGCUUCACAGCUUCCGAGUCGCCUCGGAGAGGAAGAGGAGGCCAACACAACGGAUGACAGUGAUCACGAACGCGACUCACGCAAGGAGACAAUCGGGGCUAACACAAACUCCGUAUCACAAAAGAUGGAAUUUUUGGUUCACCGUAUUUUUCUGCUUGCUUGGGUAGUUGGAAUGCUGCUGACGAUUGCCGCUGGACUUGCCUUCUGCGUCUUUGCUGACAUCUCGAUGGGCGAGCACGUUUUUUUAUACCCCUCCGUUGCGCUACUUGGUCUGCUUCCGGUGAACGCCAUUCUGCUGAGCCGUGCGCUUAUGCUUUACGCCAACGUGUAUCUUGAACGACUCUUCAGUCACCUGGUUGCGAGGCCCAUGUACGCCCUCGAUGAUCGUGUGCCACGGUUUUCGUUUCUCUCCACUUGGAAGGCGUUGUGGCACGUCGUGCGCAGACGUCCUGAUCGUCACCUGCUCUGCUUCUCCUCCUCCAUUGUGGAGGUGCUUGGAACGGCCACAGUUGUGGCGCUGCUGGACACGACCGGCGUGGUGACAGACAUGGUGCCGCUUCCCGUAGUCAUGCUGGUGUGCAAGCGUGAGGAGCAGCCAAAUGGCUCUUCUAGCUCGGAUGACGAGGGGGGCAACGUUGGCGGCGGUGUAGCAAAUCAUCCGCACGAUGAUGAUGUGGCGGCUGCUGCUGCUACUACUGUACACGGCCCCAGGCGUGAUCGGAAGUUGUGUAUGGGACGUAAAAAGGCUCAAGAUAGGCUCUUCUUUGAGUUGGAGUUAACACCUAGUCAACAGGAAGACCUUGCCGUGAAGUUUGCGGACGAGAAGGAGUGGGAGGCGCGGGGGCGGAACGUGUCUGUGGUCGCCUACUGUUUGCUGUUGCACGCCCUUCUGCCACAACCAGAAAACCUGGAGACGUGGACUGAACGGUUCCGUUUCUGUGACCGAACGGUUCGGUGGGCACGCAGCACGCAUUGGAUUGCGCGUGCCAAUGAAUUUGUGGAUGACGUUAUCGACUCCUCCCGCAUACUUGCACGCAUCUUUCAAAUCAACACAGAGGCACGAGCCGGGCACAGAAACGACUAUCCCGAGCAGGCUAGCACCUUGUUGGUGGUGGAUGGGAAUGGCAUACUGCACGCCUUUACCAUAGGUACUGUUGGCAUGGUUGUCCGCAACUGCUCUUCACACUUCAAUGGUACCUCUGUAGAGGCCUUGAAACCAGCGGAGCGGGAUGAACUGAUGCAUACUGGCAAUGUUGUGUGGGAGGAACGCAUGGGGCUUGAGACGGUGGCGGUGGCGUGUAUGAUGUUACCCAAAAAAUACGGUGCCGUCGCCGCGAAGCAUUUUCCGUGCGACAAGGGUGGGUAUAAGGAGUACUUUUUUUUUAACGGCGUGCGGGAGAUGGCGACGAAUGGAGGGGGAAGAGCGCCCUCCAACUGCGGCCCGCGACAGCCAGAUGAAGAGGAGGGGAUGCGGCAACAAUCGCAGGAUGUUGAAGAAACGAUCUUGCCACAGUGUGACAAGCAGAGACAAGAGCAAGAAAAGGAAGAAGGGGAUACCAUAAACUGCGGAAAUGCUUCCACGACGGUGCGGGCCGUUGAUGACAACGCCUCAAUGGGUUUAGCUGAGGGAGACAGAAAUACCUUUUCGGGGAGCGAAGGGAACGACAAUGUGGAUGCUUCUGCCUCACUUGAUAGACUUCUCGAUGUUCUCGUAGGUGACAACUUUACGUUUCUCGCGUUUGUUGGCCUGCGUGAUUCUAUUCGUCCCGAUGUUGAGAAGUCCAUGUCGCUGUUAGAUGAGGCUGGUAUUCGUUGCAUGUACUUCUCCGCGGAUAACGAGAGGCGCACGAAGAGUUUUGGCAAUCGACUAGGGCUUGAGACGGACUGGAACUGCUGCAUCUCACUGAAGACAGGUGCGGUGGAGCUGGACCCCCACAGUAUUCGUGCGCAGCUUCCAGUUGGGAUUGAUGCCAUUCGGAAGCACAUCCUACACGUGGAUCCCAUUCCACUGCGUGUGAAAAUGUUUUCACACGCCCACAGCGUCUCCACGCGUGCGAUGCUUUCGAUUCUUCAGGACAACCAUGACGUGGUCGUCUCCAUUGGCUCCCUUUUUAACCAUGGGAACGUGCGCAGCUUCAUCCAAUCCGAUCUCUCAAUUGGUGUGCUUCCGACACGACGUGGCCCAGUGGCGGACAAGGAGGAGGCGUACUUGCGACAUCACGGUUGUAUUGUAGAGCCGUCUGACUUUCACGCGAGGAAAACGUUUAACCGGGACCUCCCGCUCUACCACAAUGUAACCGACCUGCUUGCCUGCCCUUGCACCCUGGCGGCCUCCCCCACCCCGUCUAUUUUGCCGAUUGUGACAACCCUCAUCCGGCAGGCACGACUUCGUCUCAGUGGAAUUGGAAACUGUGUGGAGUUUGUACUACACGCCAACUUCUUUGUUACCCUUGUGAAUGUGGUCGCCUUACUGACGGGAUCCCCGCUGCUCAUCAGUCCUGCCGCCACCGUCUUUGAGCUCAACGUUAUCAUCCCCACCCUCGCACUCUCAUGCACGUACACGGCGUAUGCGGAUACUGAUCCCAUGAAGACGAUUCCCUCAAGGCAUAAUUAUUUUGUGCGACUCGCCAUCUUUCGCCACAGCGUUGUGGUGUGGUGUUUGCGCUACGUUCCCUCUCUUGUGGCAUUGGUGGUUCUCGGGAUCACCUGCGGUACACACAUAUGUAAGAGCAAUGUGGCGGGCUUGGGCUUGUCGGCGUCCGAUGCCUGUAUGACCUCCACCCGCGGCUACAUUGCGCUGACGAUGAAUUACUGGCUCAUGAUUCAUAGCUGGACACAUCUCAGUCGUCAUCAGCCGCUCUCGCCAAACCUCUCCUUUAAGACACGCUACGGCAAGCGAUCGAGUUACCUCUUCAAGUCCUUUCGUUGGGUGUCCGCGUGCGUUGUGUCAACGUUGCUGAGUGUGUUAUUUGUGGUUGUGAACACAGUGGGUGACGGCGUCGCGAUGACUGCAUUUUAUCCCUCGCUGGUGCAUUUCUUGGUAUCCCUCCUUUUUCCGGUCCUGCUGCUCAUGUUGGACGUGCCCAUUAAGGCGUGGCGGCUACGCCGCUACACGUUGAUGCAGAAGUUUCAUCGGCUGUCGUUUGGCACACGGCUAGGGAUGCACUCGCCGCGCGGCGACUACGAGCCAGAGGGGAUGGCCUUCACGGAUGCCACUGAGGAGGCGGUGCAGCAUGAGGAUCGCAACCCGACGCUGAAGCAGCGUCUACACGAUAUCUUCUACCGUUUUACCACGAUGAAGCGGGGGGAACUUGAGCUCAACUGUGUUUGCUGCAAUCACAUCGGGGGGAACUACGCGACGUAUCACAUGAACAGGGACGCCAUGUGA